AUGGUAUCUAAAUUAUUGGAUCAGCAACAAGAAGACUUGGAGAUGGUGGUGCCGCAAUCGGAUUUCGUGGAUUGCCCCGUACCCCUUGAAGAAGUAGAAGAAGAAGAUCAACCCAUGGAAGUUGAGCAGCAGCAACAAGAGAACCCUAAUCCAUCAGAGGACCAUUGUGAAGAUGCGCUACCAAGAGCGUCUCGGUUCAGGUGGACCAUUGAAAACUUUUCCCUUUCGAGGAGGAAGCUUAUUUCGCCGGAGUUCUCAGUCGCAGGAUACAAUUGGCGGCUGCUGGUUUUCCCAAGAGGGAACCUCCCGGAUGGCUUCUUGUCAAUGUAUUUGGCUGUUUCCGAUUCUUCGAGUUUACCAUAUGGAUGGAGUUUCUGUGCCAAGUUUACCUUAGCCGUUGUUGAUCAAUUUGAUGAGAAGUAUUCUGUGAAAAGCGAUGACAGCCACCGGUUUAGUCUUCGGGAGAGAGAUUGGGGAUUUCCAAGGUUUAUGCCGCUUAGAGAACUUCAUGGUCUGGAUGAAGGGUACAUCGUCGACGACAGGGUUGUUGUUGAAGCUGAGGUUGUUGUGCCGAAAGCGAGAGAUUACUGGGGUUAUGAUUCGAAGAAAGAGACGGGUUUCGUCGGGUUGAAGAAUCAGGGAGCAACUUGUUACAUGAACUCUCUUUUGCAAAUGUUGUACCAUAUUCCUUACUUUAGGAAGGCUGUUUAUCACAUGCCUACAACGGAGAACGAUGCACCAGCCGGGAGCAUUCCUCUUGCUUUGAAGACUUUGUUUUAUAAGCUCCAGUAUACCGAGACAAGUGUUGCUACAAGGGAUUUGACUAAAUCAUUCGGGUGGGAGACGCAUGAUUCUUUUAUGCAGCAGGAUGUGCAGGAGCUGAAUAGGGUCUUGUGCGAAAAACUCGAAGAAAAGAUGAAGGGAACCGAGGUUGAAGGGACGAUUCAGAAGUUGUUUGGAGGGCAUCAGAUGAAUUACAUUGAGUGCAUCAAUGUAGACUUCAAAUCUACCAGAAAGGAGUCAUUCUAUGAUAUUCAACUUGAUGUGAAAGGCUGCAACGAUGUGUACGCUUCUUUCAACAAGUACGUCGAAAUUGAACGUCUUGAAGGUGACAACAAGUACCAGGCUGAGGAACAUGGUUUGCAGGAUGCGAAGAAGGGUGUCCUCUUCACUGAUUUCCCUCCUGUCCUUCAGCUUCAUUUCAAGCGGUUCGAGUACGAUGUUUCGCAGGACACAAUGGUUAAGAUUAAUGAUCGAUAUGAGUUCCCUCUCCAGCUUGACCUAGAUAGGGAGAACGGCAAGUAUUUGUCCCCUGAUGCCGAUAAGAGUGUCCGAAAUCUCUACACACUUCAUAGUGUUCUGGUUCAUAGCGGCGGGGUACGUGGUGGACAUUAUUAUGCUUUCAUCCGGCCAAGUCUUUCUGAUCAAUGGUAUAAAUUCAAUGAUGAUAUAGUAACCAAAGAGGAUGUGAAUCAAGCACUGGAAGAGCAGUUUGGCGGUGAGGAAGUGUGGCCGGUAACGAAUGAGAGCUUCAAUAACAACAGUCCCAUAGUGUUCACAAGAUCCUCAAACGCAUACAUGCUCGUGUACAUUCGAGAGAGCGAUAAAGAUAAUGUUAAUUGUGAUGUGGAUGAGAAGGACAUUGCUGAACACCUCUGGAAAAGAUUGGAGAAGGAGAAAGAAGAGGAGGAGGAAAAGAGGAGACUCAAAGCUGAGGCACACCUUUACAUGAAUGUCAACGUUGCUCGUGAUGAGGACUUGAGAGAACAGAUUGGGAAAGAGAUAUACUUUGACCUGGUUGAUUUUAAUCAAACUAGAAGUUUUCGGGUAGAGAACCAAAUGCCUUUUAAUCUUUUUAAGGAGGAGGUAGCAAAAGAAUUUGGUGUACCUGUCGAAUACCAGCGUUUUUGGUUGUGGAGAAAAAGAAGCAAUCGCACGUACCGGCCUCUUCGACCAUUAACACCUCAAGAGGAAGCCUGUGCUGUUGGUCAGAUUAGAGAAGGUUCAACCAAUUCUUGUAAUCCGGAGUUUAACUUGUUUUUGGAGGUGGAGUACGAUAAGGAUUUACGUCCUGUUCCGUUACCUAAAAUAUCUGAAGAAGAUAUACUUGUUUUCUUUAAGCUCUAUGAUCCUGAAAAAUCAGAACUUCGAUAUGUUGGCAGGUGCUUUGUGAAGGGUUAUGGAAAGCAAAUUGAAAUCCAGGAAAAACUAAAUGAGUUGGCUGGAUUUUCGACAGGGGAAGAUAUUAGGAUUUUUGAUGAAGUAAUGUUUGAUCCGGAUGUAAUGUGUCAAAAAAUUCCUAAAACCUCUUCAUUCCAUGAGAGCGAGAUUGGAGAUGGGGAUAUCAUUUGUUUUCAGAAGCACUUGUCGCCAGAACAGGAAGAUGGACUUCAAUAUCCCGAUGUUGCUUCAUUCUUAGACUACAUUAAAAAUCGUCAGGUUAUACAUUUUCGGCGCCUCGAAAGUCCCGGCGAGGAUGACUUCUGCCUUGAGUUGGUAAAGAACGAUUCUUAUGAUGAUGUGGUUGUGGAAGUAGCGGACAAGCUUGGUCUUGAUGAUCCAUCCAAAGUUCGGCUUACUCCCCAUGAUUGUUACUCUGAGAAACCAAAGCCUAACUCCAUCAAAUAUCAAGCCGCCAACUUGUUAGAUAUGCUUCUCCAUAACAAUCAACUUUCUGAUAUUCUAUACUAUGAGGUGCUCGAGAUUCCUCUGCCAGAAUUACAAAGUCUGAAAACAUUGGAAGUUGCAUUUUAUCCUACCACGAAAGGCGAGGUGUCAAUUCUCAAUUUCCGGUUACCAAAACGGAGUACUCUGGAAGAUCUCCUCAAACUUGUCGAAACAAAGGUGGAGUUAUCUGAACCAAAAGCAAAAAUCAGGUUUCUUCAUGUUAUCAACCAUAAGAUAUUCAAGAUAUUUUCUCUGAAAGAAAAGAUUGGAAAUAUAGCUGGCACAUUGCGCGCUGAGGAGAUUCCUGAAGAGGAGAAGAACCUUGGUCCAACGGACCUCGUAGUUCAUGUUUACCAUUUUACAUUGGGAAGAUCACAAUAUCAGCAGGAAGUUCAGAAUUUUGGGGACCCUUUCUUUCUAGUCAUUCAUCAGGGGGAAACAUUAGCUGAAGUGAAGCCCCGGAUUCAAAAGAGGUUGGGUGUUUCAGAUGAGGAAUUUUCGAAAUGGAAGUUCGCUUUGAUAUCAAUGAUGGGACCCCCGGAGUAUGUUGAAGACGAUAUUGUUAUGUUCAAUAUUUUUCAGAGGAAAAAUGUGUAUGGUCCUUGGGAGCGUUACCUUGGAUUGGAGCAUUCUGUACCCAGCCGUAAAAGAACAAAUCAGAAUCGCGACAGUUACGAACAUUCCUCUGUUAGAAUAUAUAAUUAG